UGUGACUUCCCCCUAGGUCAUGUGCCAGUUAAAUGUUCUCCUUCCAGGGGAGGCUUCUCAGUAGCUUUUCUUUUUAUCUGUGGAGCUGCAAGCAAUGUCUUUGUCCUGGCUGCCCCUGUUCCUGGUUCUGCUGAGCCUCCUGGGGGGGACUCAAGGGGGUAAGAAGAGCUUUUUAAUUCAUAGCAUGAUUACUUUCUAAUUCAGUCUUUUAUUGAGAGAAUUAAGUAACUCAGUGCUUUCUCACAGUGAAUGAAUGGGACAUUAAAUGACUGCUGUGUGGGUAGUAGAUCCCCCUGGAUUAGCCUCCCAGCAGAAAUGGUAGGGGUGAUAUUGAUUUUUUUUAUUUUUUGACUAAUAGGAGCUGUUGUGUGUGUGUGGGGGAAUAAUCUAUCUAUGGUGUAACUAUAUCCUCCCCCCUCCAGCCCAAAAUCCCUGCCUCUCUCUACAUCUCUCACAGUCUCUGUCUGUCUCUCCCUCUAGCUGUGUCUGUCUUUGUGUCUCACCCCUUGCACUUUCCACUGCCCCCAGCCUGGUCUGUUCCUGUCCUCUGAUAGAUCACUCAUUUAAAGAACCUGUAUCUGACUAUUUAAUUUUAAUACAAUGAUGUCCAAAUCUUCACCUACAGACCAUUCUAUGAAUGGUCAAGAGUGUAGCGCAGUCAUAGAGGUGGGAGGAUCCUCCGUGAGGAGCCAAUCAAUUCCUAAAUCGAUCAACUAGAAUUCUGCGUUCACAAACCUAAAUAAUUAGCCACGCUGGAGAUAGACUCUGUGUAUAAUGAAAACUGUCAUGGUUAGUUCCUAAAGUGAAUUUCACAUUUACGGCCAGAGUAGCCAAACUGAAAGCGUAGCGGACUUUGAGAAUUUCUACAGUUUGGAUAUUUUGAUCUUAAAUGUGAAAUUCACGUCAAUGAUUAAUUCUGUGAGUUUAUAAAAAUGUUACGUGCUGGGAAAGUAUUGAGCACUUUGGUGGGUUUCUGCUCCAAUCUCAAAAACGUUAUAGCUCACUCAUGCCAUUAAAGAGAUCACUAAUGAUAAUAUCAUGAAGACAACUAUAGUGCCAGGAAAACAAACUCGUUUUCCUGGCACUGUAGCUUCCCCUACUGUCAAGGCCCACCCCUGUGGUGCAGAAAGGGUUAAUAACCACUUCUUUCACUUACCUGGGUCAGCUCCCCUAGAGAACAGCCAAUAGAGGAGUUAACCCGAGCAGGUAAUUAUUGCAGUUUAUAAAAUUGGUAAUCAUUACAUGCUCAGGGUUAAGGGUGAUAGGAGUUGGCACCCAGACCACUUCAAUGAGCUGAAGUGGUCUGGGUGCCUACAGUGGCCCUUUAACCCCUUAAGGACACACGACAUGUGUGACAUGUCAUGAUUCCCUUUUAUUCCAGAAGUUUGGUCCUUAAGUGGUUAAAGGGACACUCCACUGCUCAAAUACAAAAUAAACUAAAAAUCAUUGUUUAGUAGAUAUAGCCCGAAGGAAAACAUGUAUGUGUUUAAUUAUGCUUUUUUUUUUUUUGGAAUAAUAUGGCUUGUAAAAGCUGCUGAUCUCUCAUCGGAACCUUUGCACGCUCUCCCCUUCUAACCCCGCCCAGACUUUUUGUGGCUGUCCAAUCACAGACCUCUCAAUGCAGCUCAAUGAGAAUUCUUUGCAAGGCAGGUGCUCUGGGCAAUUGCUGCAUCUUAAGUUUCGCUCCACUGAGCUAACCAAACCAGGAAGUAACUGGACCGCUUGUCUGCUUGAAAAAUCAGAGGGGUGUAACCUGCAUAAUUUAUAAAAUGUGCUAAUUUCUAUUGAACUCUGCACUUUUUUUUUCAUAAUUCAAAAAAGAGGGCAUUCUGUUCACACAUAAAGCUAUUUAACAAGCUAAAGUACUUUAGGGUUCUGGAGUGUCCCUUUAAUAAUAUGGCCUUUGUUUUUCUCUCCCUGUGAUAACACUUGUUUCUGUGUUUUGAUAUACAUAAAACACAGACCAUUUAUAUUGCACUAUACAACCUCCAUCGCAUUCUGUCUGUUAAUCCAAUUUAUUCUACUUAUCACACCUCUGUGUUGCCCUGCUCUGCUCGGAUUGUAAGCUCUGUAGGCAGGACAAGUCAAACCGCUACAUUUAAUUGAGCAUUUCCUCUUCAUUCGGAUGAGCUGGGGGUUAGUUACAGGAAAUUGUGACAGACAAUCUCCAUUGCUGGGCGUCAGGACUCUGUAAACACAACAGUUCCCCACGCUGUAUAAUACGCAGUCAGCCAUCCGUUCAGUGUUAUCUGAAACCUCAGACCUGCACAAAUCAAUACUUUUAUACCCCCUGCAGCAAUGCAAAGACCACAAAAACUCCAUGUGUUGUGUAAUACAGGGUAUAACCUCCAUAGCUUUCUACAAUAUGGGGGGGGGGUAUUAUUCCCCCCCCCCCUAACAAGGCACAAGAUCGAAGCAGACAUGACUAGAGUAAAUAAAAUAUAGAGUCUUAUCUGUGGUCAAUAUACACAGAAAUCAAGAGAGACAAAGAAGAAGCGAGUUCUAUGAUAAUUCAACAAUUGGCUCAAUUUUGGAAUUGUAUAACGUACCAGGUGGGAAUACAAAAUAAGGUCUUGAACUGUUUCCCAAUAUAGUCUCUAAUGAUAAACAUGCAAGACUUCAACAUAAGACAAUGGGGAAUCAAUGGAAAUGGGUUAUUAAGACUUUUUUUAUAUAGAGAUAAAUAUAUAGAAAGUUCCCUAGAUGACAAUCUGUAUUUGGAUAAUUUAGGGGUCUGACAUGAGCACUUACAAUUGUUGCUCUUUCAGUACAAUAUCCUCCACCUCUCACCCCAAGCUGAUGUAUCUCUCUCCUCCGUCCCACAGCGUGGAAUUUACGACAGAUCAGAAACAAACUGCACCGGCAGCAGCAGGCGGAAUCCUUCAAAUCUUUUUACACUCGCUUCGGGCUCCCAAGGGGGGCACUUUCCUACACCACUGCACUGGAGGGUUACCUCACCCAGCCACUGGACCAUUUCAACCGACGCAAUAAUGCCACCUACAGGCAGGUCAGUAAUUAUACUGCCCAAUAUGUCGAGUGCAGAUAUGUCAGCACACUCCUGCUCAUUGUAAACCAUGCUUUCAUUUUUGCCAAAUCUCUGUUUAGAGGUACUGGAUAAACGAGGCGUUCUGGCAGCGGCCGGGCGGUCCGGUUUUUCUCUAUAUUGGAGGUGAAGGUUCCCUGUCUGAAUUCUCCGUACUGUCAGGUAAGAUUUGCUGGAGGUUGGAAGAGCUCCCAUUCCCCUCUGUAAAUAAAAAAGAUAAUAUGAAAGAUACCCUAGUGUUUAUUACUGGGUGUAGAGGAGGGCUCUGUGAUAACUGCAUGCCGCCUGACAUCAAUCUCUUAUGCUGUCUGUUAUAGGGGAACAUGUGGAGAUGGCACAGAAACACCAGGCACUCUUAGUAUCUCUGGAGCAUCGUUAUUAUGGAGCUAGCAUUAACGAGGACGGCCUGACUCUGGAGGCAAUACGUUUCCUGUCUAGCCAGCAAGCGUAAGUAUCAGACACUCUGUGAUGUCCUAAUACAUAAUCUAAAGACACGUACCUCUCACUCCCUGCUAAUACGCAGACACGAAGUCGCCUACCUCUCACCCCCUGCUAAUACGCAGACACGAAGUCGCCUACCUCUCACCCCCUGCUAAUACGCAGACACGAAGUCGCCUACCUCUCACCCCCUGCUAAUACGCAGACACGAAGUCGCCUACCUCUCACCCCCUGCUAAUACGCAGACAUGAAGACACGUACCUCUCACUCCCUGCUAAUACGCAGACAUAAAAAUUAUACUGUUUUCCAGACUUGCAGAUCUUGCCUCCUUCCACCUGUUCAUCUCCCAGAAAUAUAAUCUCACCCGUAAUACGUGGAUCUGCUUUGGAGGGUCUUAUCCCGGCUCCCUCUCUGCCUGGUUCAGACUUAAGGUGAGAAAGUUGAUUUAUACAGAAAACAAUCUGCCAUUUCCUUCCUACAAUAUUACAAAACCACUGGUAUAUAUUAACUAGCAGUGAGGGUAGUGUGUGUCUGUGUGUUACUGGUUCUUGGCACGUGGGGGAGAGGUUGUGUGUGUGUGUGUGUGUGUGUAUGUAUGUAUGUAUGUAUGUAUGUGUUUAUUGGUAUGCAGGAGCGCUGUAUUUCCUGUGUGUGAGAGGCUGUUACUGUGUAACAUUUUGGAUUAAAGCACGCAUUGUCUUUACAGUUUCCCCAUCUGGUGUACGCCGCUGUGGCCUCUUCCGCUCCGGUUAGAGCUAAGCUUGACUUCACAGACUACAAUAAGGUAUUCAGGCGCUCCAUGUCGUGGUAUGUGCCCACUGUAUCCUGCCCAGGUUGUUACAGGGAGUUUUACUCUCUAAACCAGGAACUGUCAAAUUUAAUAAUAUUACAAAUGUCAGGCCAAAAUAGAAAGUAGUUACAGUAUUUUUCCAGUUUAUCUAAUGUGGCUUAAAAUGAGCAAUUUCCUGGUCAGAUCUUUACGAUUGUUUAAAGGAAUACUCUACACACCAAACCAGGUGUAGCUUAAUGCAGGGCACAGCACUGACAUUGCUUCUGCCAGCUGAUGAGACCUGCAGUGUUAACAUGGCGGUGACCACACUGAACAGCUGGAGCUAAGUAAAGGUCACCUCCCCUGCUCCUCGCUGCUAUCAGACCCACACUGGAUCUGUCUUUGUAAAAUAUGCAAGGACCCCUGAAAUUGACAGAUCCGCUUUAACAGGGCUGGAGAUAAUUUCUAAAAUAAACACACUGUGAUGUCACAUUUGAUUGAAAAUUAAACUUUUUAUUUUUCAUGCAGGCUGUGUCCAUCACAGCCACAGGAGAUUUGGCUAGGGCUGCAGAAACAAAAGUGAUUUUAUUUAUUUAUUUUUAACUCCUAAAUUCCAGUCAAUUGAAAACCAUUCCUUUUACUUAAAUUUUUUUUUUUUUUUUUUUUAUAUAAAUAUAGCCUUUUAUUAUUGGUAGCCAGAGAAAAGCACACAAUCUUUAAACCAGUGUUUGUCUCUCCAGGUGGUGGGUCAUAGUCUAUCGGACCCUGUGAUUGGUGGAUCUGCAAAGGUACGUCGCAAAAUUACAACAUAUUUCAUGUAUCCAUUCCAUUUAAGCCACUAAGCGUGUCACCGUUAUUUGUUCCCUUUAACCCAAUAAGCCUGUCAUUGUCAUUUGGUCCCUUUGCUGCGGUGGGGACUGUCUUGUUUAUUAAAUCUGGCUAUUUAAAAUCUGUCACAGUAAAGGAAACAUUUUCUUAAAGUAUUAAUACAUGUAAUUUUGUGACUUUCCAGUGCCUGGAUUUGAUCAGACGAGGUUUCCAAAGAGUGGAUUCUCUCCUCAAGUUGGGAAAUGUCACCCAGUUAGAGAAGGAUUUCUUUUCGUGUGAAGCGCUGCGCGGCCCAGAUGACUUCUCAGAAUUUGUUAGUAACCUGGCUGACAUCUUCAUGGGCGCAGUGCAAUAUAACGGGGAAAUUAAAGGCAAUGACGUGCAGGGAUUGUGUCAGAUUAUGACCACGGAAGGCAUGAAAUCUGCCUACGAGGGAUUGAAAAAAGUCAACAAGGUAAGGGGUUACUGCAGUGAAUAUCCAUUGGUACGGAGAAAGGGUGGUUGUUGUUGUUAUUAUAAUUAUUAUUAUUAUUAUUAUUAUUAUUGCCAUUUAUAUAGCACCAACAGAUUCUGUAGCGGUUUACAAUAUUAUGAGGGGGGGGAUGUAACUAUAAAUAGGACAAUUACAAGAAAACUUACAGGAACAAUAGGUUGAAGAGGACCCUGCGCAAACAAGCUUACAUUCUAUAGGAGGUGGGGUAUAAGACAAAUAAAUAAGGUGGAAGUGAAGCAGAGCUGGAGGAGAGAGUAAAGUGCUGCCCUAUAGGAGAGAGCAAGAGACAGGUAUGUAAGGUAGAGGUUACUCUGGGAGGCCAUUAGCUUUCCAAAAGAGUGUGUUUUUUUUUUUUUUAAGGCACUUCUUAAAUGAUUGAAGACUAGGGGAGAGUCUGAUGGGGAUAGGCAGACUAUUCCAUAAGUAGAGAGCCACCCGCAAGAAGUCCUGCAAGCGCAAGUUGGCUGUACGGGUUCGAGCAGCGGUCAGGAGGUGGUCAUGGGCAGAGCGGAGGGAACGAGGAGGGGCACACUGUGACGGUAUAAUCCUGUGACCUGUCAAUCAUUCCCUUUUUCCCAUAGCAUAGCCAAGUAAUCCACAAAGUAAUAAAUCGCUGGUAUCGCCGAAUAAUCCACACAUGAGCCAAAGCUGAAUGCUGGAACAAGACUGAUUUACUGGGAACAAGGGUGCUCAAUUUAUGCAACACAUAACUCCACCUCUGGGCCAGGCUAGAUAAUUGAGUUUGAGCAGCUUAUCAAACACAAUUAUCUACUGGCCAGAAAAGUUAAAAUUUUUCACAAUUCUUAAAAAUCUACUUUAUACAUAACAUUAAUAUAAAAACCAUAUACUUCGGUAGCUGAGGGUGAUGUGUGCAACAUAUUAAAAAUUUGUGAAAAUCCGUUCAGCAGUUUUAGAGUUAUACUGUGUGAAAGUUUGACCGGCUCUUCACGAGAUUUUAGCCAACUUAGAGUUCCACAGAAUCAGGGGCAAGAGCCUGUCUCCGUUCGGAUGAAAUUUCACAAAAACUGCUGCAGGUAUUUUCAGUCUGGUUCGUGGAGAAUGCUUCCCUCAUUCGUCUGUUCUAAACUCCCGAACGCCGUUCUUCUGCCGUAUUUAGAAGGGGUUCGUGUGGCAAAACCAACCUCGCCACUAUGCACUGGAGAAGCCUGGUUGCCAGCCUCCUGCCAUCUGACUAUGGCCCCCUUGUGAAUUCGUACUUUUGUAUGCAAUAUUUGGGCAUGUGACAUUUUUAUAUUGCUGCUACUGGCCCUUUAAGGGCCAUCCGUGGACAUAUUCUGACUGUUAGGAAUAAUGCCCUUUAAGAUUGUGUAGCAAAUUGCAUUCAGGCUGUAUUUAAUAUUAUGUGUUCGGUAAACAGUGUUAUGUGUAUGCAGCAUUCGUCUGAUUGUUCGGUAGAAUUACUCCAUUCAUUAUAUUGGGUGAAACUACCGAACAACCAGACCACCCUGGAGUAAGUGUGCCUCCAAUUACCGUUUGCAACAAUGUUGCAAACGGGUAAUUGGCAAUAUUAUAUAUAAUUGGCCCGCCGUUCGGUAGAAAGGAUCCCACGAACAGGGGGAUUCUUACGAAUCCUCCCCAAGCUCUAUAACCCAGGCAAUUCGUGUGAUUCAUUCCCUUUUCUGUGACCGACUGCAGGGCCAAAGUACAUGGAACUAUUUUCGGAUACUUUUGCCAUGCAGUCGGUAAAAACUUUAACCCUUUAUAAUUCCUGAACCCCUGGUCCGAUCUGGGGGAUUUUCGGAUAUGUGUCUCACCCAGAUCAGGGCUACCAGGGGAUGUAACAUUUAAAGGGGUAUCCCUAUGUUUAGGGGUACAUCCAGUAUCCCAGGGAAUUUGUGUCUGUACUAAUGGGAUUAUGUGUCACACUAAGGGGAGGAGAUGUGUGGGAGGUAACUGGUACAUUAUUGGCUGGGGUACUAAUUGUUGUAGAUCCCUCCCUUGCAUGGGAGAAUGUCUUAAAAGGAGGCUGUGUGAAUAAAUCUAGAGAUUCUGCUUAACCCUCAAAACGAAGUGUCGUCUCGUUAUUGAGGGAAUUGGAUUGUGUGCUGACUGCCAGGAGUGUAAGCCGUUCGUAUUGCUUUUCCUGUUCGGCUGCUUCCAGAGUUCGUGUAUUUCUUGUUCGUGAGUUGGGGAUUCGUACAGUUUGGAGUUCGGGAGGUUGGUGAUUGCAGUAGCUGCCGGUCUAUGGGAAAGGGGAUUAUCGCCUAAACUGAUUUAUCCCCUUGUGAGAGAAACGGUCCGUUACAGUUCGUAUAGGACUUCCAGAGGGGGACCGGGUGUUUGUCAAGUACCAUGCCGAAAACAGUUCCAGGCAUUCGACGACCAAGUCCUGCUGACCGCCGUUCGAGAGUUCAGAUGGCCGCCGUCCAUUGUUCUCGCCACGUGUUCGUAUGCCGAAAUGGCGGCCACCUCGGAGCAGUCAAUUAACUUGCGGUUUUCGUGCAGUUACUCAGAGUUCUAAUUGCUACCCAGGGUGGUCUUCUUUCGGUAAACUGACUAUUUUGCCGAACAAGGGAAUGUAACGAAAUGAAAGUAACAAAUUAACUAGUAAUAAAUCCAACGAAUACAGUAGCAGGGAGGGAAAGAACCAAAUGAGUGGAGGGUGAUUCUUCACACAUACCUAUGGAUUCGUGAAGAGAUGUAAGAGGGGCUAGAAUUGGUCAGUGCUUUAUAGGUAUGGGUUAGCACUUUGAAUUGACUCCCAUAGGAUACAGGAAACCAAUGUAAGGACUGGCAGAGGGGUGAGGUGUGAUUGGACCCACUAGAGAGGAAAAUCAGUCUGACAGCGGCAUUCAUUACAGACUGUAGCGGGGCAAUAUGGCUUUUGGAGAGGGUUACAAUAAUCCAUGCAGGGAAUUACUAGAGCAUGGACAAGCUCCUUGGUAGCAUCUUGUGUAAGAAAGGGGCGGAUGUGGCCUAUGUUUUUAAGUUGGAAUCUACAGGAUUUGUCAACAAAUUGGAUGUGAGGCUCAAAGGUGAGGCCAGAGUCAAGUAUGAUGCCACGACAGCACUUGAAAGGAUGGACUUAUGUGGAUAUCACUGACUUGAAGGGAGAGCGAGAGAGGAGGAUCAGUAUUAGGAGGAAAGACAAGGAGUUCAGUUUUAGAGAGAUUGAGCUUAAGAAAGCGUGAGGACUCCAGUCAGAGAUGGAAGAAAGGCAAGCAGUGACACGUUGCAGGACGGCAGGGGAGAGGUCCGGGGAGUAUAUAUAUAUAUAUAUAUAUAUAUAUAUAUAUAUAUAUAUAUAUAUAUAUAUAUAUAUAUAUAUAUAUAUAUAUAUAUAUAUAAAAUUAUUUUUUCGGUGGUAGUGGAAUCCAAGAGAGGCAGUAUAAAGAGAAAAUAGAAGGGGACCAAGGACAGAGCCUUGGGGAACUCCAACUGAGACAGGACGAGGAGAGGAGGUAUCCUUGGAAAAGGAGACACUAAAUGAGUGUUGGGAGAGAUGAGAGGAUAGAGUCACAGAGACAGAGCGAUUGAAGAGUUUGAAGGAGGAGAGCAUGAUCAAAGGUGUCAAAGGCCGCAGAGAGGUCAAGGAGAAUUAAUAGGGAGUAGUGACCUUUUGGAUUUAGCUGCGAUUUAGGUAAUUAGUAACUUUUAUAAGAGCAGUCUCAGUAGAGUGGAGAGGGUGGAAGCCAAACUGAAGAGGGUCAAGGAGAGAGUUGGAAUUGAGGAAGCGGGACACACUGGUAAAGACAAGUCUUUUCCCAAAAGCUUUAAGGAAAAAGGGAGCAGCGAUAUGGGACGAUGGUUAGAGGAGGAGGUUGUAGGAUCAUAUCCAGCUGAUAACAUGAGGUAACAAAUCUAUCCUAACAGAGAAACCAUUUAACAUCAGUCACCUUCUCAUCGUACAGGCAUACAUGGAGGCCACGGCCCUCAAGUGCGUGGAAAAUUCUUACCAGAAAUCUGUGGAAGAUCUGAACAGCACCAAAAUCAACCCAGUGGGAGUUGGAGAGCGCCAGUGGUAUUACCAGACCUGCACAGAGUUUGGAUACUGUAUGUACCACUGACAGAUCAGAUAUGCACAGAUUAUAUAUGUUUAAUGAAAUGUCUGAUCCUUUUUCCGAUUCCUCUGCAGAUCAGACAUGUGAGGACAGCUCUUGUCCGUUCUCCCCACUCAUCACCCUCUCCUCCCAACUGGCUCUCUGCCCUCGCAUAUUCCAGAUCCCGCUGGAGUCUGUACAGAAAUCUGUCCAAUUCACCAAUGAGUUCUAUGGAUCAAAUCAUCCCAAAUCCAGCAGAAUCAUCUUUGUUAAUGGUACAACAGCAGUCCCCCUCCCAGCAUCACAAUGUACUAAUGACAGUGACACGUUUAUGGGGCUGUUCCCUCCCAGGGUCACAGCAUACUAAUGACAGUGACAUGUUUAAUGGUCAGUCCCUCCCAGGGACACAGUAUACUAAUGACAGUGACAUGUUUAAUGGACAGUCCCUCCCAGGGUCACAGUGUACUAAUGACAGUGACAUGUUUAAUGGUCAGUACCUCCCAGGGUCACAGUGUACUAAUGAGAGUGACAUGUUUAAUGGCGUAUUCUCCACUUUCUGAAAGUUGUAUUGUAAUUUCUGUUUGCUGCAGGCGAUAUAGAUCCAUGGCAUGCACUCAGUGUUUUGAAGAAUCAGUCUCACUCAGAGGUCGCCAUCUUCAUCAAUGGGACUGCGCACUGUGCGAACAUGAGCCCUUCACGUCCCAAUGACCCACCUUCUCUGCAGAAAGCAAGAGAGGUCCGUAUGCAAAUUGUUGAAUCUUCUCUCAUUGUCUAUACAGGAACCCUGAAACAUUCCAACUUAUUGAACUAGUCUUAUGUUCACCUUACGUUAACUUUUUUUUUUUUCCCCCUCCAGGAAAUUGCAGUUCAAGUCGCUAACUGGUUAAAAUCUGCUCGGCGAGAUGUGGAAAUUGCUGGACCUUAAAUGUGCACUUAAUGAGGCUGCACAGCCUACAAACCAAAUGUGCCAGAUUUACACUGGAAGCCUUUUUUAAAUCUUUUAACGUGGUUUGUAACCCAUUGCUGCUAGGAAAUUUUAUGUCUAUGCAAUAAUGUUUAUAUUUUACCAAAAGUGUGUUUUACAAAUAGGGAGGGAGGACUACUGUGAAAGCAGAGUAUUGAACAGGGAAAAUGGGAACUUCCAGCAUGUUUAACCCUUUGCUGUUCAAGCCGGCACAAUCAUACUUAAACAAAUGGAAGGGUGUGCAGAGCGCAGUAACUUUUGUCUUCACUCCGGAACCAACACCACUGUCCAGGAUGAUACAAGGCGUUUGCAGUUCCUAAACCGUCUGCUUUAAAAAUAAUUUAUUCGUAGUGAUUCGAUUGUCAUUACUACUUAGUGGAAAAACACAGGGUAACCGCUGGUGUCUGGCUUUAUAAUGUCAUUUAAAUAUUCUGAUACUUAAAGAAACUCUCCAAGCACCAUAACCACUCCUGCACUGGCAGCCUCUCCCUAAUGUCAGUAGUCAAACCAUUUAGUAAUGCUUUUUACUUGAUCCUGGGGACUGCUGACCGCCGCUCUCCCGCUUCCUUAAUGUCAGAAUGAAAUCUGGAAGAUAAACUGCGCAGUGGAGGACAAGCUCAUUGGCCAACAGCGUUAGUUGAUCAAUCUCAGCCAAUGAAGAAAGCCUAGUGGAUCUAUGAAGAUUCUUCCGGCAGAAAGGAGGUGUGGAGCUGUGCCCAGUGAGCCCCAGAAAACUGUAACCAACAUUACAAUGGAGGGUGCCAGGGGACGCUGGAGUGGUUACGGCACUUGGGAAGUUGUUUUAAAAAAAAAAAAAAAAGUCAAGGAUUUUUUAAAUCAGAACUGUACUAUAAAAUUCUGAGAAAAGGGAUAAAAGUGGUUUGAGCAUUUUAUUAAACAAACUUGUAAAUUUUAUUACAAAAUCUAAAUAUGAUUCAGAAUUAGCAUUGUAAUGAUUUACAAUCAUUAAUAUUUAAUGGAGGAUGAUUUACUUUUUUAUUAAAUAUAAAUUAAACCAAAACAAGUUACUUUUUAAAAUGUCUAACAGAAAAAAAACUAUUUUAUAAAAAAAAAAGAUUUAAACAUGUGCACACUGUUUUACACAGGACCAUUUACCACGAGUUUGAUAUUUGAUUCCUUCAUGCGUUGUCCCCCCUUCCUCCCCCAUGUGUGGGAAUUCUGGAAUUUCUCAAUAAAUGUAUUUUGUAUCUCUGCUGAUUUUAUAAUAUGUAUUCCCCAUUUUAAUUACGGUUAUGGUAAAAUGAAAAGAAAGUGACCAUUGCAUUGUAUUUAUCAAUCUCCUGUUUCUGAUCAUGUUUGGACGUUUCUCCCCCACAGUUAAGAAAGUUAAGUGGAAAGGUUCUUUUUCUAACAUCGCCUGAACUUUUAAGUUUUCCUGAAGUCUGAAUGGUGCUGAUUAAAUGUUUGCAAAUAAUAAUUACUGGUUUUAAUGUUUGUUCAGUUUUUUUGUGUAAACAGCUUUCUGCUAAUAAAAGGAUAUUUUUGUACCAAUUCAAAA